GUUGGGGAAGAGAGGGGAUCAGUGGGUUGAGUUCAUUUCUUGGGAGCCUAGAGCUUUUGUUUAUCAUAAUUUCUUAUCCAAGGAAGAAUGCUUGUACUUGAUUAGUCUUGCAAAACCUCACAUGGAGAAAUCAACUGUGGUUGAUAGCGAAACUGGCAAGAGUGUGGAUAGCAGUGUGCGAACCAGUUCUGGGAUGUUUCUGAAUAGAGGGCAGGACAAAAUCAUCAGUAACAUAGAGAAAAGAAUAGCAGAUUUUACAUUCAUUCCUAUAGAGCAUGGAGAAGACAUUCAAAUUCUCCAUUAUGCAGUUGGGCAGAAGUAUGAUGCUCAUUAUGAUUUCUUUGUUGAUGAGUACAACCUCAAAAGUGUAGGCCAAAGAAUGGCCACUCUCCUCAUGUAUUUGUCGGAUGUUGAAGAGGGGGGCGAGACGGUGUUCCCCGCUGCAAAAGGAAACUUUAGCUCUGUGCCAUGGUGGAAUGAACUGUCUGAAUGUGGUAAAAGUGGACUUUCUAUAAAACCAAAAAUGGGAGAUGCUUUAUUGUUCUGGAGCAUGAAGCCCGAUACUACCUUAGACCCUACAAGUUUACAUGGUGCCUGUCCUGUCAUUAGAGGGAACAAAUGGUCAUGUACAAAGUGGAUACAUGUUAAUAAAUAUAUUUAACCCUGAGGUGAGUUACAUCUUCUAAAAGAUUAAUCUGUAUACAUCAUUUGUAUUUCACAAGGUGGCCAACAGCUUAGUCAUUAAAAAAUAUAAUAAUUAAAAAACAAAUUGCAGAGUGUAAUGAAAACACACUUUGUUGGGGAAGAAGACAAUUGGAAGACCACAGAUGAUUUUCUUUUUUAACAUUAUACUUUGUUUAGCUUAAUUUGUUAUCCACUCUCUCAAAAUUUACAUAUUUAGUUGUUAAUAUAAUACAGAAAAAGUUCCUUUUUUUUUUCUCUCUUUUCUAAAGGGUGUUGUAAUAAAAGGUAUGGUGGGGAAAUUUGAAUCGUAGACCACUUGUACCCGAUACAUGCCAGUUGAGUUGAGUUCAUGUUGGCAAAAAAAGUUAAUCUUUUUAAA